GUUUGCGCCACAAAUGCACCAGCAGCAACGAGUGUGAAGAUGGUUUGGUUUGUCAUUUUGAAAGUGUCAAUCGCACAAUUGGUGUGGCUAAAUUCAUUUCCAAAACUAAGAUUUGCCUCUGCGACAAUGAAAAUGGAUAUUUCGAAGAUGUUUUGAAGGAUAUUUGCAGUGGCGCUUCACUACAAAUAAUGGCAAAUAUUUUGUUGUCCCUACUGUCAACUGUAGCGCCAUUCAUUGUCUACGCACGGAUGAAGCCGCAUUUUUAAAUAUAUCAACAGCAAGCGCAUCUGUUUAUCACCGGUGCGUGAUUAUGCUUAGUCAUAAUAAAUGUAUUGUCAAUUAACAUUAUACAUUUUUAGUUCGUAUUUGUAAAAACAGAAAUUCAUAAAAAUUAUGUAGCAUUAGAAAAAAAAAGAAUUGUGAGUUUUAUGCAUAUCGGAAGUUAUCUUCAAUUAGUUAUUUUUCCACAAAUUUAAGCCUUUAGACGUAUUUUAUUGAA